AGAAAGGGAGAAAGGAAGGAGCAGGCGGGCGCUGCGUGUGUCUGAGUGUGCCAGUGUGAGUGAGUGUGAGUGCCGGGCCCUGCCUCUCCCGCCUCCCCUGCAGAGGGGCCCGGUGGCCUAGGGAGGGCGGGCGGGCUGCUUGGAGGCAGAGGCAGCGAGAGGCGGCGGCGGGCAGAGCCGAGGAGGAGGAGGAGAGAGGAAAGAGCCGAGCAGCCAUUGUUGAGGGAAACCUUGCAAACAAAGAAGGCUCCGGACUCCCCGCGGCCCCCCGCCCCCCAGGCCGGCCCCCCGGCCCCCGGCCCCCGGCCCAGUGGCCAUUGUAACUUUCCCCCCGGGCUGUGGACCCCGCGGGGCAGGCGGAGGCUGUGCAUGCGAGUCUUUGUGCGGCCUGCGGAGUGGAGCUCCCAGCCAGACCGGCCUGUCCCACUCGGGACAUGAGCUGCUGAAGUUGGCUCCACCUUAGUCCUCACCCUUGCCAGGGUCCCUGAGGACUUCCAGGCGCUCCCCGCACCUCCCCUGACCCCCCUCAGUUCUCCCAGGUUGCUCCUCCAAGUCCUUCAAGCUGUACUCGCCGAAGGAACCCCCGAACGGCAACGCCUUCCCUCCCUUCCAUCCCGGCACCAUGCUGGAUCGGGAUGUGGGCCCAACACCCAUGUACCCGCCUACAUACCUGGAGCCUGGGAUAGGGAGGCACACGCCAUAUGGUAACCAAACCGACUAUAGAAUAUUUGAGCUUAACAAACGGCUACAGAACUGGACAGAGGAGUGUGACAAUCUCUGGUGGGACGCUUUCACGACUGAGUUCUUUGAGGAUGAUGCCAUGCUGACUAUCACCUUCUGCCUGGAGGAUGGGCCAAAGAGAUACACCAUUGGCCGGACCCUGAUACCACGCUACUUCCGAAGCAUUUUUGAGGGGGGCGCUACAGAGCUGUAUUACGUACUUAAGCAUCCCAAGGAGGCAUUCCACAGCAACUUUGUGUCCCUCGACUGUGACCAGGGCAGCAUGGUGACCCAGCAUGGCAAACCCAUGUUUACCCAGGUGUGUGUGGAAGGCCGGUUGUACCUGGAGUUCAUGUUUGACGACAUGAUGCGGAUAAAGACGUGGCACUUCAGUAUCCGGCAGCACAGAGAGCUCAUCCCCAGGAGUAUCCUAGCCAUGCACGCCCAGGACCCCCAGAUGCUGGAUCAGCUCUCCAAAAACAUUACCCGGUGUGGGCUGUCCAAUUCCACUCUCAACUACCUCCGACUCUGCGUGAUACUCGAGCCCAUGCAGGAACUCAUGUCCCGCCACAAGACCUACAGCCUCAGCCCCCGAGACUGCCUCAAGACCUGCCUUUUCCAGAAGUGGCAGCGCAUGGUAGCACCUCCCGCGGAGCCUGCGCGACAGCAGCCCAGCAAGCGGAGGAAACGGAAGAUGUCAGGGGGGAGCACCAUGAGCUCGGGCGGAGGCAACAGCAACAACAGCAACAGCAAGAAGAAAAGCCCGGCCAGCACCUUCGCUCUCUCCAGCCAGGUACCUGAUGUGAUGGUGGUGGGGGAGCCCACCCUGAUGGGCGGGGAGUUCGGGGACGAGGACGAGAGGCUCAUCACCCGGCUGGAGAACACCCAGUUUGACGCGGCCAACGGCAUUGACGACGAGGACAGCUUUAACAACUCCCCUGCACUGGGCGCCAACAGCCCCUGGAACAGCAAGCCUCCAUCCAGCCAAGAAAGCAAAUCGGAGAAUCCCACGUCACAGGCUUCCCAGUAAAGGCCCCACCACGGCCACCCAGCGCUCUGCCUGCCUACCCCUCCCAGCUCCAGGGAGCAGAAGACAGAAUGGAGAGACUGGGCGUCUGAAAUGGGCGACCUCCAACCACCCACUUCAGGGAGGGACUGGACUCGCUGGGGGCAGGUGCCAAGAUUUGCCCCCCAGGUUGCCCUGGGCUGGGCCUGGUCCCUGCAGAGCCUUUUGGGGGAAGGGGGUACUCAUGUGGAUGCCUAUGUGGACCCUGGGCCUCUGAGAAAUGUCCUGACCCUCCUCUACCCAGGGCAUUUGCCCCUAUAAUUACCCCAGGUUCUGGGUGCCCCAUCUUCCUGAUUCAUCCCUUUGGUCCUGGGGUUUAUACCUACAGCCCCCAGGGGCUAAAUGUUGGGGCCUUGGUUGAAUGCCCUUCCCCUGGGUGGCUGUCAACAGAGGGAAAAAUUCUGGGCUCCUCCCUUUUGCCACUUACCCAGCUCCAAGUUUUUAAAAAAAUAAUAUUAUUAAAAAUGUAAAUUAAAAAAAAAGUCACUCAUGUUCCCCUAUUCCCCUGUGGAAAACCCAGCUACCUCCCUCCUGGCAGACGGAGGGCUAGGGCAGGUGGGGGUGAGCGUUGGGCUGGGGGGUGUGCACACUGUUUUAGACAGUUUGAGCCGCUUCAGACCAAGGAGUCUUCGCCAUCUCUCUUUUCUUUCCCUCUCGGGUGAUGACUUUGGAGCAGCAUGUCAUUGGUUGGGCAUGGGAUCAUUGGUGACUACUUUUUUUGACAACCUCCUGUUGUCUGUCUCCCCAGCCUCCAGGGCUCUGACCUGGCCUGGUCCUGUGAGUCCCCGAGCCCCACCCUCUGCAGUGUGUAUUUUUACAGUUCUCUACUAGAGCAGCUGUUUUGGAUGGGUGGGGAGGUUCCUCCCUCCCUUGGGGAGCACAGAGGGAAGGGAGCUGCUUUGUUUGUCACUGUGGUUUUUGUCUCGGUGUGUCAGGAAUAGGAUGAGAGGACCUUGUCCACUCUGCUCCAGAACUCUCCUCUCCUCUCCCAGCCCUUCAAACUGUGUAUCCAGUCCUAACCUCUCUGAUUGAGGGAAAGGAGCCACUAAGGCCACCAGGGAGAGAAGGGCGUCUGUCUUCCCCCCAGCUGAAGCAGACAUUCCUCUCCCCGUGUUCGCUCAGUCGGAGGAGCAGCCGGCAUCCUCAGCUCCAGUUCAGUACUUGGAGCAUGCGGAGGGAGGCUCAGGGUGGGAGAGGCCAAGAGCGGGGCGCUGUGGCUCCUGUCUCUGCUGCCUCUUCCAGUGGGCAGCCCCAGCGUGUGUGGGAGCCUCCUCUCUCCCCAUUCUCCCUUUUGGAUGAUGGGGUUGCUUGCGCCAAGUCCUCUGUGCCAGCCACUUUUGGGAGGAUGCUAUCCGGAGCCAAAGGAAAGGGUGAGGUGAAGAGGAUAUCCCGUCCCUGCUGUAAUGAUUUUUUUCCCCUACUUUUUCUUUCCUUUUAUUUUUUAAAAAUUUUUUUCAUUAAAAAAAAUUUUUUUUUAAUUUCUUUCCCCUUUUUUGGCCAUUUGAAUCAUGUAUGGGACCAAUCAAUAAAGAGACUUUUUGGUUUGA